AUGGUUAUCAUCGAUCAAGGGGGUCAUCGAUCUGGGUUACAUCUCCACACCACCGCCGGAUCCUCUAGCUACAAACUGAACAUAUCUGAAGGCGACGAGCGUGGUGAUGUUGGGCAAUUCAUAGAAGAAAUUGAUUCCGAUGGUGGUGAUGGCAGUUCAUUAGAAAUCGAUUUCUUAGUUCGUAAAUAUGAUGUUCUUGUUCUUGUUCUUGAACUCAGGAAAAACCGAGUGUUCUUGAGAUUCAUAUGCAUAUAUGAGUGUGCACAUGAGAGACCCGAUUUCUUCUUCCUCCCUCUUCAUCAGAUCGAGAAGGCAUCAGGCGAUCGAGAAGGCAUCAUGGCUGGUCUUAAUCUGUCCGUCUCUUCUUCCUUAUUCCGUGGAUACUAUUGGUGUUGUUCUCAUGGAGGGGGCCCUAGGUCUGGAGUGAAUUUGGUGGAUUCCCUUUUGGAUCUUGGAUAUGAUGCGAUUUCUAUUGAGAAUAAGGGCUUGAGAUUGUCGAAUGGUUCUGAGGGUGCUGUGAUGGGAUCGAAGAUUUCUUCUAAAGUGGUUAUGGCUGAUAUUGUUGGUUCUCCAAUGGUUAAUCAUUCCAUUCACAAUCUCAUUAAGGAGGAUGGAGUGAUAGAAUGUUUGAGCUCCCCUAUGCUUGAAUUUGAAAAAGACAUUGAGAAACCAAUUAUUUAUUUAGUGCCUACCAACUGUUUGUUAAAAAUCCUAAGAGACAAGAUUUUUGUUUUUCAUGUUUUUCACAGGUUUUAA